AUGGAGCCUGAGUCCAGGCGAGCCCUGUGCCACGUGGCCCUGGCCAGCUGCCUGUGUGCGGCCGCCGUCCACAUGGGUGUCUUUGCAGGCGUCGUGGUGCAAGUGGGCCACGAGCACUACGCAGAAGUGCCGGUAGCCAGCCUCCCUGCCUUCCUAAGCAUGCCGUGCAACUCACUUGUGAACUUGGCCUACGUGUGCUUGGGCCUGCACUGGCUGCGGAGAGAUGCCAGCAGCCCGGCGGCUCGCUACCUAAAGGACGCCUUCGCCGCCAUGGCCCUGGUCUACGGCCCUGUGCAGUGGCUGCGGAUUGGGACGCAGGCACACCCUGCCGCGGUCCUGGACCAGUGGUUCACCUUGCCCAUCUUCGCAUGGCCGGUGGCCUGGUGCCUCUCCCUGGACAGCGGCUGGAAGCCCUGGCGGUUGCUGGCUGUUGAGUUUGUCUCCCUGUUCAGUUACAGCCUUGCCCUGCUGCACCCCCAAGGCUUCGAAGUCGCACUGGGGGCUCACAUCGUGGCUGCCGUGGGCCAGGCCCUGCGCACCCAGGGGCGCCACGGCAAUACCUCGACGGCUGCCUGGUUGGCCCUGGGUGUGCUCUCCUGCCUGGGCUUCGUGGUGUUCAAGCUGUGGGACCGUGAGCUCGCACAGUGCCGCCUCUUCCAGCGCCUCACCGGUCACUUCUGGUCCAAGCUCUGCGAUGUGCUGCAGUUCCACUUUGCAUUUUUGUUUCUCACAAGUGUAAGCCAUGGCCAGAGCCUCCGGCCGGAGGGGAAGCCAACGGCCCGUCAGCGCUGACGACUUGCAAGUCGCGGGCUUCGGGUGCCAGGCGUGCCGCGUGACGAUCUACGCAACCUCCUUCCAAGACAAAGCAAAGACCUCGGCACAGGAACACGGUGUAACUGGAAACACUCAAAAAUAAAAUAUCAGGGCAUGAAUGACCCCCCCGAAA